UAGGCACUAAAACAAUAGACAAGGAUUAGAAAACGAAACGACGACGUAGCAGUGACUGAACGUGAAUAAUUUCCUCCAAACGUACACACAACACAACACAAGAACAACGCAGAAGCCUUCCAUUCCACUAUUCAAAGCUCCAAAAACCCUAAACCCUUGCAGACCAGGGCCUUGGGCUUGGUAUUUUGGCGGGAAAAUUCCACCGCAGCUUUACCAUUCUCAUGCAAUCCUUUCUCCACCCACCUUCCAAUUUUAACCAUCUUCCUUAUCCAUGGACGACAAUUCAACAGCCCCAAUUGAAAACCCAGAUAUUCGUUCCUCCCAAAACCUGCUUAAGAAUCCUCACAAUAGCCAGCUCUUUGAGAACUUCCAUAGAUUACGGUUGCGAACCAGAGGAAAGCGUCAGCAGAGAAUCGGGUCGGCUUCCGGUGGCCAUUCACAGCUCAGGUAGUGUUUCUAGGUACUUAUGGGAUGGGAAUAAUUUGCAGUUGGUCGGUGUUGACGGUGGUUCUACGUCCUUCUCCUUUGACUUUGACGAUGGACUUCGUAACUUGGGUAGAGUUUGUAGUUUGGCCAUUCGGGAUUUCUUGAUUCCGAAAAAAGUUAGUAAAAAUUAUAUAGAAUAUGUCAAAUGGAAGUGCUUGCACCGCAUUUUCAGCUCAGCCCUCCAGGUUCUUGCCACUCAGGCAAUGUUUCGGGCCAUUGGAAUUGGGUACUCUCGCUCAUUGCCAUCAGCUGCUGCUUUGAAUUGGGUCCUGAAAGAUGGACUUGGACGACUUAGUAGAUGCAUCUACACUGCUAGCCUAGCAUCUGCUUUCGAUACCAAUUUGAAGAGGGUUAGGUUCUCCACUUCUGUUCUCUUCACUUUAGGUAUUGGAGUUGAGUUGCUGACUCCUUUAUUUCCGAAGUACUUCUUGCUUCUUGCAUCUAUAGCCAACAUUGCCAAACAAAUAAGUCUGGCUUGCGUAUUAGCUACUGGUUCUGCUGUUCAUCGAAGCUUUGCAUUAGCAGAUAACCUAGGUGAAGUUUCUGCAAAAUCACAGAUCCAAACUGUGUGCUUUGAUAACCUUGGCCUUCUGCUUGCUGCAUUCUUGAACGUGUUGUUCAAGAACAAUCAAAGAUUGCAAGCAGGUUUGCCCUUUAUUGUAUACCCAAUAUUCUCGGCGAUUGACCUUUUCGGAAUUUAUCAAGAGCUUAAGCAUGUCCAUCUGCAAACCUUAACCAAGGAUAGGCUUGAGGUUAUACUAAAUACGUGGGUUGAAUCAGGAUAUGUGCCUUCACCUGCAGAAGUGAGUAAACUGGAAGGGAUUGAUUUCCCGUGGACCAAAGGUAAAGAUCUGUGGCCCAUCAGAAUUGGGUGCCUAAAUCCCAAGGACCACUUUUCAAAAAUGUCAAUGGUGGCAAUGCAAUCUUUGAGUAGUGCAGAGUAUUACUUCAUAUCGAUGGAGACCUUUCACUCUAGAAUGCCAAGAAGAGUGCAGCAAGGUAUUAUUAUUUGUUUGCGAGAGGGAGCUACCACUGGCAAUGUUAUCAUGGGUUUGUUACAGGCAUGCUAUAUACGCAAAGCCCUUCACUUGAACAAGAGUAGAUGGGAGAAAAUCUUAGAAGCUAGUGAUUUACCCGAAUCAGUUCUUAAUGAAUGGUUAAAACUGCUCAAGGAGUGCAAGGUGCGCGCUCAAGAUGAUUUGUGCUUGCUAAACGCACAGAUGAAGGGAUUGGGAUGGACUAUGAAGAACAUUUUAUUGAGUACACAGGAACAGAAUCGAUACAGUUUCAUAGAUGACUAAAGAUGCAUUUUACUUGCUGGGGUUUUGCUGGGUUCUCUUUUGUAGUGAAGGAGAAUUUUGGGGAUAACCUUGUGUCAAAAGCUAACCAUUCUUUUUAACUUAACCUGUAUUGUGUAAUUUCACUUGUUAAAAGCCUCAAAGAACGCGAUUACAAUUUCUAUGUAUCAUAUUUACAUCAAAUAUAUAUACAAUAAUUUUUUCUUA